UGCUCCACUGUAUUGUGUGAUUAUAAAGUGUACACCAUGAACUGCCAGUGUUUGCUGCUGCUUCUUGUGUGUGGAGGAGUCUCAUCUGUGGAGGUUCAACGUCCUCGCGGGGUCCCAUUAUCAAAAAGGCCGCUGUAUGAAGAGAACAAACCCUUCACUUGUUUGGAUGGAUCCCGCACCAUUCCCUUUGACAGAGUAAAUGAUGACUACUGUGAUUGUCAGGAUGGGUCUGAUGAGCCAGGUACCGCUGCUUGUCCCCAUGGCAACUUCCACUGUACCAAUGCAGGUUUCCGACCAACAUUCAUCCCCUCGUCCCGCGUCAAUGAUGGAAUUUGUGACUGCUGCGAUGCUACAGAUGAGUACAACAGUGGUGCUGACUGUCAGAAUACCUGCAGGGAAUUGUGGCGUAAAGAAAAAGAGAGCAUGGAGAAGUUGGCAGAAAUAGCAAAGGAGGGCUUUUUGCUCAAACAACAACUUAUCCAGGAGGCUAAAAGAGGUCUAGAGGAUAAGAAGGGCACACUGUCAGAAGUCCAAAACAGUAAAAAGGAUCUGGAAACGAAAGUGGAGGCUCUGAGAACUGUUAAAGAAACUGCAGAGCAACCAGAGAAAGUAGCUAAAGAGCGCCACCUGAAGGCCUGGGAAGAACAAAAAGCUGUCAUUCGCACGGAGAAAGACAAGGCUAGAAUGGCUGAAGUGUUUCUUGAGCUGGAUCGUAACGGAGAUGGCUUUGUCUCAGUGGUCGAACUUCUGUCUCAUUCUGAGCUUGACAAAGAUUCUGAUGGUGUAUUCACCGAAGCAGAGGCUCAGGAACUGUUGGGAGGAGUGGACAAAAUUGACCCCGCAGCAUUUGAGAAUGUUUGGAGUAAUAUCAAAGACAAAUAUUUGUCCGAGCAGUCAACCACAGAUGCCUCAGUCCCCGUAGAACCCCCACAGGAGGAAAUAAAAGAUCCAGUCUCUGACAAUGAUUCUGAAACGUACCCUGAUGAUGACAACCCAGAGGAAGAAGAGGAUGAGGAAGAUGAGGAGGAGGAUGAUGAGAUGGAUGAUGGGGAUUAUAAAACUCCUCCUCCAACACAAACUCAAGACAAAAAGGACGAUGAAGAGGGAGCUAUGCCGCCCUAUGAUGAAGAAACACAGAAUCUUAUUGAUGCUGCACAGAAAGCCAGAGAUGAGUUUGAUGAGGCUGAGAAAGCUCUAAGGGAGGUGGACGAUAACAUCAGGAACCUCGAGAAGGAAAUCUCUUUCGACUUUGGACCAAAUGGCGAGUUUGCCUACCUCUACAGCCAAUGUUAUGAGCUGACCACUGGCGAGUAUGUCUAUAGACUCUGUCCAUUCAACAGAGUAUCCCAGAAACCCAAGUAUGGUGGAUCGGAAACUAAUUUAGGUUCUUGGGGGAAAUGGGCAGGUCCUGAGGAUAACAUCUACUCUGUGAUGAAGUAUGAGCAUGGGACAGGAUGUUGGCAGGGCCCCAACAGGUCCACCACUGUCAAGUUAACAUGUGGGACAGAAACGGUUGUGACAUCUACGUCAGAGCCCAGCCGCUGCGAGUACCUCAUGGAGUUCAUCAGCCCUGCUGUCUGCCAGGAGCCCCCUCCAGUGAUCCCUGAUUCUGAUCAUGAUGAGCUGUAGACACUCGUGAUCUGUUGCUCUUAAGGGACCAGACUUUGCAGCAACAUGAAGUUUCCGCUCGACAAGCUGCAUCACCUCUGCGUUUUAUCGUUUCUGUGUGAACUUUAUGGAAAUUCCAACGAGUAGGCAAUCACAAUGAUCGACACUUCUAUCUUUCACUCCUGCUCGGUUUAUUUUA